AGAGAUCUUUCCCCACUUCCGGUGAAGAUGGCGCUGAGCAGAGGCGUCGGGGCGCUAUGGAGGACAUCCAAGGUGUUGACGUCCACGAAGCCUCUCCUCUCUCUCGCUUCGGCCCGAACUCAGGGCUCAGUUAGCGGGGACGGAGUGCCGCGGACCUCCUUGUCGGUGCCUCCGUGGCCGGAAAGCAAGCUGCCGCCGGAGGAGGAUCAGCGGCGCCAACACGCCGCCUUGCUGCGGGCCGUCAACCGGCGGAUAGAAAGCCUGGACUUCGGUCGCCUGUUCGCGGUGGUCCACUUCGCCGGCCGCCAGUGGAAGGUCACCGACGAGGACCUGAUCUUGAUCGAGAACCACAUCGACGCGGACUGCGGCGAGCGGAUCCGGAUGGAGAAGGUCCUGCUGGUCGGGGCGGAGGACUUCACGCUGGUCGGUAGGCCUCUGCUGGGGAAGGAGCUGGUCCGGGUCGAGGCCACCGUCAUCGAGAAGACCGAGUCCUGGCCCAAAGUCCACAUGGUGUUCUGGAAGAGACACCGCUUCCAGCGCAAGAAGAUUAUCGUCCAACCUCAGACGGUGCUGAGGAUCAACCGCAUUGAAGUGGCCCCCAGACUGGCAUGAGGCUCGGAUCUAGUCCUGGUGGCCCCCAGACUGGCAUGAGGCUAGGAUCUAGUCCUGGUGGCCCCCAGACUGGCAUGAUCCUCAGAACUAGUCUUGUGGACCCCAGACUGGCAUGAUCCUCAGAACUAGUCUUGUGGACCCCAGACUGGCAUGAUCAUCAGAACUAGUUUUGUG